GUUAUUAUGUCGCACAUAUGACACGUGAUCGUCACCCGCCAAGUCCGCAGCCUCGUCAUAAUCGCGCUGACGUUCCCGUCCGCACCUGUAGCAAGCUUCCGUUGCGACCAGCCACCCCGCGAAAAGACCGGCGCAACAGAUUCAAUACUACUCCCUCAUACGCAUCCGAAAGUCUUGACGAUGGAAGACGACCGUCUAUGGAAGUUUAGCAGGCCCGAGUGGCUGAACAGCGCAUGGGCGCGCAACUCUGGCGUCUAUGGAGCCGGAGCUCUGUUCUCCAUCGCCUUCUAUGUCAUGCUCGACUCGGCCGUCUGGUCUCACUCUCCUCGUAACGCUUCCAACGUACAUGUCCACUUCGUCGACUGGCUGCCCCUCAUCUUCUCGUCCCUCGGCAUGCUCAUCAUCAACUCGGUCGAGAAACAACGCCUCAGCGCCGACUCGUUUAGCUACAGCGGCAACGGCGUCGCAUGGAAGGCGCGCGUCGUCCUGUUCUUGGGCUUCGCCAUGCUGGCGGGGGGUAUGGCGGGUGGUGUCGUCGUCUUUGUGCUCAAGUUCGUGGUGCCGGAGGUGUCAGGGCCAGCACUGGGAAUGGGCAUCGAGAACGUGGUGAGCAAUGCGCUGGUCGGAGUCAGCUCUGUGGUUCUCUGGGUGAGCCAGAACAUGGAGGACGAGUACUCGUACAACCUCUCUCUGUAAAGAAGGAUAUGCGGGAGUUUCACGGAGGAUCGAGGCUUUUGAACGCGAAAAUGCGGUAGACUGUGGCUUGGGCAUGUAUUUCUAUCAGCGACGCUUUGCACUGGGUUGCCAGUAGUUCGGGAGAUGACAAUCACUUAGCAUGAGGACCUGCGCACGGAGCAUUGUGAUCUCGAGCGUGUUCCUCUUCUAUACAAUUACCUCUUGCUUCAAUUCGACAUGUACUCCGUACGCAAUCA